UUUCGGAACGGAUGCGAUGCACCUGGGCGAUUACGUGGUGACUAUCAUUUGUGCCCAUCUCUCUCUCUCUCGUCGGGCGGGCGGCCACUUGUACACAACAUCACUCUCUCUUUCUCUCUCCUGUACUCUCUACUGUACUCUUCUACGCCCUAGAAAUCGAAUCCGUCCGUUCCUCGUCCCUUCCUGUCGCCAUCUCAAUCUCAUCUCAUCCUAUCAAUCCAUCCCCCCUCAACCCUCCCCGCUUUUGAUAAAAAGAAAAAUAAAGCAGCAAGGGGAGAGCCGGUAGACCAUCAAACCUCUUCCUCCUCCUCGGAUCGUGAUUUUUUUUUUUUCCGAUUUUUGCCCUGUCUAUCCUAUCGGACUAGGGUUUCUUCGAUGAGAGCGGGGAUUCUUGCCGUGUGAUGCAUUCAGCGGCCGAAGGAUUGGCGGAUCCUGUGGUGGCGGUGUCCUUCCUCCUGAUCUUCCUCUUUCUUCUUGAUCUUUUCUUGUUUUCGUCGGUGGUUGGUUCCGGCUCCUCCUCGGGGGUGCAGCGAUGCCGGCGCUCGUCAACUAUGGAGGAACCGAUGAUCUCUGCUCUGAGGGACCUCUCAUCUCGAACCUCAUGGAUUCGAGCUGCCUCUUGUCUAUCGCUUCUAACGUUGAUGUCUUCUUCCCGCCUCGCAAGAGGUCACGGAUCACGGCUCCUUUCAUCUUUAAAGGAGGAGAGAAGGGCGCUGAGAAGCAAAAGCAGCAGCCCUGCUCCAUCGAUGUUCUUCCUGACGAGUGCCUCUUCGAGAUCCUCCGGCGGUUGCCAGGAAAUAAGGAGAGGAGCAACUCUGCUUGUGUAUCCAAGCGUUGGCUUAUGCUCCUGAGCAGCAUCCGGGCUUCUGAGAUGGCUGCUCACAAGAAAAAUGGCGCCAGCAGUGGUGAAACUCUGAAGAAACCUUUGCCUGAUCUGAACACUUCUGCGAGUACGGACGAGGAAAAGGAAUUCGAGAGCACUGGCUAUCUUGCCCGGAAGUUAAAAGCAAAGGAUGCCACAGAUGUUAGACUUGCGGCUAUGGCUGUUGGCACCUGUGGCCAUGGUGGGCUGGGUAAGCUUUACAUUGAAGGAAGCAAUGCAACUCGUCCGGUCACCGAUAUUGGACUAUCUGCUGUAGCCCGUGGUUGCCCUUCCCUACGGGUUCUGUCGAUGUGGAAUGUUCCCUUCAUCAGUGACAUCGGCCUAUCUGAGAUUGGGAGUGGAUGUCCUAUGCUGGAAAAGCUUGACCUCUGCCGGUGUCCUUUAAUCUCAGAUAAGGGUUUGAUAGCUGUUGCUCAGAAGUGUCCCAACUUGACAUCUCUAAUGAUAGAAUCUUGCUUGAGCAUAGGGAAUGAGUGCCUGCAGGCUAUGGGCCGCUGCUGCCCAAAGCUGAAGUCCAUUGUUAUCAAGGACUGCCCACUUGUUGGUGACCAAGGAGUUGCAAGCCUGGUCUCUGCAGCUUCAUCUUUCCUGGCCAGGAUAAGGCUUGAGAAUGUGAAUAUCACUGAUGUGUCUCUUGCUGUCAUUGGGCACUAUGGGAAGGCUGUUGCUGAUCUAGCACUUACGGGUCUCCAGUGCGUGAGCGAGAGGGGUUUCUGGGUCAUGGGCAAUGCUUUUGGCUUGGAGAACAUGAAGUCCAUCUUGAUCAACUCUUGCCGUGGGGUUACUGAUCUGGGCCUUGAGGCCAUUGCAAAGAGUUGCCCGAAUCUGAAGCAGCUGUGUCUCCGCAGGUGCUGCCAUCUGUCAGAUGCUGGCCUGAAAGCUUUUGCCAUGACAGCUAGGGCACUGGAGAAUCUGCAUGUGGAGGAGUGUAACCGGAUCAGUCUAAUUGGUGUUCUUGGCUGUCUUCUGAACUGCAAUGAAAAGUUAAGGGCACUAUCCUUGGUGAAAUGCUUGGGGGUUAAGGAUAUAAGUUUUUGCACAGCUCCACUCCCCUCAUGCAUGUCUCUUCGAUCCUUGACCAUCCGUGACUGCCCCGGUUUCACUGGUGCUAGCUUAGCAGUGGUUGGGAAGAUCUGCCCCCAGUUGCAGCAUGUAGAUUUGAGCGGCCUAGUUGGUGCCACUGAUGCAGGCCUUUUGCCUCUGAUUGAGAGUUCAGAGGCGGGAUUAGUUACAGUCAAUUUGAGUGGCUGUGUUGAUCUGACGGAUGCUGUUGUUACUGCACUAGUGAAGGCACAUGGAACUACUCUCCAGAUGCUUAAUCUUGAAGGCUGUAAGAAGGUUACUGAUAAGAGCCUCUUGGUGAUUGCUGACAGUUGUUCUUUGCUCGAUGAUCUUGAUAUGUCAAGGUGCAUGAUUGGGGAUUAUGGUGUUGCAAUCUUGGCAUCUGCAAGUCAGCUUAAGCUGCGAGUCCUCUCUCUGGCCGGCUGUUCUAAGCUGACCCAAAAGAGUCUGCCGCUCUUGGGAAACAUGGGCAGAUCCUUGGUCGGGCUGAACCUCCAAAACUGUAAGCUGAUCAGUACUCAAGGGAUUGGAGCGCUGGAGGAGAAACUCUGGUGGUGCGAUAUCCUUUACUAGUACAAAGGAGAGAUGGGUUGCAGGAGAUUCUUUGGUCAGUCGGUUGAUGGGGGUCUCCAGCACCAGAUGACAGAUAAAAGCAGCGGUAGUAUCAGCAGUUUUAAAAUUCCGGUUGGUUCUUGGCUCGUGUCAUAGGCAGUGGGCUUUCUUCUGUCACAGGACUAGGUUGUUUUCCAGGGACCUUUGGCCAGUAUUGAUUUUUUGCAGGGUCUCCUCUUUUACAGGGGAAGCCUGUUUCAGAGGUGUUUGGCUGCCACUGAUUGGCUACAGCUUUCCUCUAGCCUGGUCUCGGUUCUUGAGAUUACAACUUUGCCUAGCCCUGGUUCAUAGUGCUUGGAAUCUCUGCUUGUUUUUGCCAUUUCUAGGUGCCCCUUUUUAGAGGGUCCUGGUUAUGUAUCGCUGGGGCAGUGGCAUCUGUGGCUGCUCUGUCUGGUGUUUUAGCCGGUCCUCAUUGGUAGUACACGCUCGUGUCUGAAGUUUCAAUCAGGUCUUCUAGGUGUUGUUCCAGGUUGGGCUCAUGUCCUCUGGGUAGGAUCUGUUUGGUUCUGUUAGUGUUGGACUUGUCUGGUUGCUUUUGCACAGUUCUUUUUGGUUGCCUGAGGUUUAUGGGGCUUCGGUUAUUUGGCAGCACAUACUUGGAGCGUGCCAUGACAGCCUUGUUUGGUUGUUUUUUUCCCGGAGCUCUACUUUUGCAGGCUGAUGGUUGAGGACUGUAAUCUUUGCAAUCUUUCUUAAAGUGAGUAAUUCUUAUGUUGUAUGUCCA